CAAGGUUUAACGUCUGAUGGGUUCGUCUUAGCUCUCGAGUUAAGUUUUUCAUGCAAUGGGACGGCGAAGAAGACGACCUGGUGUCCAACUCUGCGGUGCACAGCGCGGAAUUUGAAACAAUCCAGUUUUAACGCGAGGGCUUGGAAGGGGUCUCUGAAAGUGUGGCAGGCCAGGGGCGUGGGAGCCAAGUGGUUCCCAGCCUUUGUGUGGCGAUUCGGCUUUUCUACCCCCUUCCCCUGCCUUUGUGCGCUCAAACUCUGUUCUUUGUUGUGGUGGUUGGAGAAUUAAAUCCACGCUCGGGCUAGGUUCUCCUAGAGGGAGCUCAAGUUCCCGGUCUGAAACUUUGCAGGCUAUUUUAAAUAUGUAUACAGUGCAGCGUGCGGGACAAGGCGCGGGGGUGACUUCCUCUCUCUUUGUUGGGUUCCCACUGGCAGCUAGUAGGACUCCGCCGGUGGAAGACGAUGGAUUAGAGUCUCGCUUUACUGAAUGAAUAAAGUCUUGCAGAUACCUCCGCUCCCAGCUAUUCCUGUGGUAGGAGGUUGGCCUAGCAGGAGCUCUGCUUUCUGGCCCCAAAGCCAGGCUAUGCGGUCUGUUCCCGAGCCUGCGUGGUGACCUCACCUCCAGACCCAGCCCCCCACCCAUCAUCCCCCAGUCCAGGCCUGGUUGAGGCUGCUGAGUUAGUUCAUCUCACCUGAGACUUUUUGGCGGUUCAGGUGAUACGGAUUAGGUUUGGGUCUGAAUUUCUCACUGAAACUGCACGAAAGGAAUACUUCUGAGCAAAUCACUUUUAAAUACCAAUAUUCACCCACCCUUCCCCCAGUGGUCCUAGAAUCUUGACCGCGUUUUUCCGACGCUGGGAGUGGGGGUAGCGGGAGUCUAGAAGGAGGUGGGAAGCAGCUGGCCUUAUUUUGAGUGUGGCAGCCUGGCUAGUUAGGAGGGGGGAAAGAUCCAUUCUUGAGAGUAGACUCCUGCCAGAUCUUGGAUUAAUUAUUUCAAGAGGCUUUUGUUUUAAGGCCGGGUUUGGGCAGCAUGUGUAUGAGUGUCCCCCAUCCCCCUUCUUCCUCCUUUUGCUAGUCGGAUCUAAUUUCCUGAAAAUGAACCAAGCCGUGUGUGAUAGGCGGGUAAUGUGGGAGAGGGGGCGGAGGAUGGGGGUUGAGGAAGGACGGUGCAUCCCAGCAUCUGGGAAAGAUUCCCGUUGGCUGGGAAGGAGAAGCAGUUCCCAGAUCCCCUGGUCUUUCUUGGCCAGCCCUUCUCUGACGUCAUUCUUGCUCUCAGCCUGCCAGCUGAGAUGAGACAUUCUGAUGUCAAGGCUUUCAUAGGUUGGCGGAAACAAUGGAACAGAGACUUAGAACUAAGGGGCUGUGGUUAACACUGGUCUUUCUUCUGGACUGCUACCUUUCAAAUGCGAUUUUAGGUCUUGCUUAACCUUUCAUACUUUCCACCCUGUCUUGCUGAGUAUUAAACCUAAGACUGAUGCUCAUGCUAAGCACAGCUCUACCCUUGAACUGCACUCCAGCCCAUAUCUUUCACUUCUUAAAGUGGCUGACUAAUACUGUCCUUUGACUCCAGUGAGGAAGCAACAGCCUUCCCUACCCCUAAGGAAAACAGCUGGAGCUCCUAUUACCUGGGACUAGCAAUCUCUGUUCUUUGCAAGUUUCUUGCACUAACCUAGUCCUGGAGCCCCAGGGAAAGCCUUUAUGAGACAGGAAAAGAUGGAAGAGAUAAACUGAUUAGAGGACUGCUGGGGCCACAGUGCCUCCAGGGUACACGUGUAUACUCUCUGCCAUGGUUGCUACCACAGCUUUGCAAGUCCCCAGAGCAGGAAACAAAAUUAGGUUCUUUGGGACCCAAAAGAUACCAGGAUUCAGCUCAUGAAAGAUAACACAGAAGAGCCAAUGCAUAUGGAGGGAAGGGUGUUUUUGUGGCCUGGGACUGGUUAGCACUAACAAGUCCUGCUCAAUGCCACCCAUCAGUUUCCAAGACCUUCCUCUCAACAUCUAUAUGGUCAUCUUCGGCACGGGCAUCUUUGUCUUCAUGCUCAGCCUCAUUUUCUGCUGCUAUUUUAUCAGCAAACUCCGGAACCAGGCACAGAGCGAACGAUAUGGCUAUAAGGAGGUGGUGCUUAAAGGUGAUGCCAAGAAGUUGCAGCUCUAUGGGCAGACCUGUGCAGUCUGUCUGGAAGACUUCAAGGGGAAGGACGAGUUGGGCGUGCUCCCAUGCCAACAUGCCUUUCACCGCAAGUGCCUAGUGAAAUGGCUGGAAGUGCGCUGUGUCUGCCCCAUGUGCAAUAAGCCCAUCGCUGGGCCUGCAGAGGCCACUCAGAGCAUCGGGAUCCUACUGGAUGAGCUGGUGUGAGGGCUGCCUCUACACCAAGACCUGGAGAAGACUUCUUACCAUGUGGGCACCUGGUCUCUCUUGCACAGCUACAAUGAACAAGUCUUGGAUGAUGAUGGUCACGCUUACCUAAAAGGGAGAACGGCACGGGGCUGGUCUUCCCCCAGCAGGGCGAGACCAGUGCCAGCCUUGCUUCACCUCUCUGCCUCCUGAAGCCUCCUUCCCUAUUACUCAGUACUGAUGGCCUCAACCAGCCAGACCUCUAUAUCCUGGCACUGGACUAUCUAUUUACCUUGUCCAUGCUCUGGGAAGAAAUCCAUCUUUAUCUGGCUGUGAACAUGGAGCACCCUAUUUGAAGGUUCUCCAUGGAAGGCAAGCUUCCCUGACUUAGGAGCAAUGAGCUGACUCUUGUCACACCUCCAGUGUCUCAUCCCCGCUCCUCAUAGGAGGUUAGAAGGGAAGGAAGGAAGGAAAGAUCAAAGAACCAAGUACUUUCACUGGAGAUGAGGGAGGUUCUGCAUGAAACAGGGGAGAGCAGGGACCUAUAAAAGGAAUAAGUCAAUGUUUACAUGGAACCUAUUGAAAUAAAGGCUGGCUGGCUGGCUAGCUGACUACAGGGGACAGGGGCACUGAUCCCUUCCCCUGCUAGGAUCUGAGGUGCUAUCUAUCUGUUCUCUCCCUCUUCCUCAGUUAAUCUCAGAGCUUCCUAUUUCUUGUUGUGGUGUGAAAGCCUCUCUAGAGGAAGGGUUUGUCCUAUACACAGCCUGAUUCUCAGAGGUUUUUUCUAAAGGAACAAAAGGGGUCUGGGGACAGGGGCAUCUGGAGGUUACAGCAGCAAGAUACCUGCUUCCCCUUUGUAAAUAGUAUUUUUAUACUUCAUCCUCACCAUCUCAGGCUUUACAUAUGGGAUCCCCGGAAUUCAGGGGUGGGAAAGGCUUCUGUCCCUCCCUAGAGUGGGCUCGGGAGGGAAAAAGUUAUGUAUUUAAAGAAAAUUAAAUUUAAUAACAAGUUUCUCUAACCAA